AUGUAUACCCAAUACAAGCUAUUGGAUUUGGUGGAGGGGAAGGAGAAGAUGCCGGAGGCCGCGGAGCUGAAAGGAGCGUGGAUGAAGCGAUCGUUCGACGCGUACAUGCUCAUGUCGUGGUCUGCCCUUGCAAUCAACCUCAACUCUCAACAGCCCCAGUGGAGCGUGGAUUACAUUCGCGCGCGCAUCCUAGAGGAGGACUUGCGGCGGCGGAGUGUGGAGCGCUCGGAGGAGGGGGCUAGCUAUGGAGUUGGAGGUGGAAAGAGUGGCUUCAAGAAGAAGUGGAAGGGCAAAAACAAGGACAACCCUAAGGAGGAUGGUGGCGGGGGUCAAGGGGAGGUGUGCUUCUACUGCAAGAAGUGCGGACAUCGUUGGCGGAAAUGCUACCAACGACCCAAGGAUUGGACCCCGCCUUCAUCAUGCAACCAGCAUGGUGGCACGAGGAGUGGAGGAGUCAUGGGAGCUAGUGGAGAGGAGAAGGAUGAGGAGAAAGGCGGCAAAUCUGAGGAGCGGAAGGCCGGGUUCUUCUUCUUCGUGAACGAAGGCGCAACCGACCUCGCUAUGGCUGCCAAGGCUCUCCUACACCCCCUCACCCAUUGA